ACCGAGAAAAGUAAGUUGAAAUAAGAAAUAGUUUAUAAUAAUAAGUGUAGUUGUUUUACAAAUUGUCACAAACCAUGGAUAGAUCAUUACAACAGUUGUACACCUCGAUGCCGAGGAACUCGCAUGCAACUCGAAUGAGGCCCAUACCGCCAACCAGUAGGCCGGCAUCACCAUCGAUGAAAAAGACCGGCAUGAGCCAAGGACGAUUUAGUUUAUCUGCUCGUUCCAAUCCCUCUAUUGUUGGAAUCCGAUCCGAGUUUAAUAUGGUUGAAAGUUUCGGUCUGCAAUUGCCAGUCCUGGUUAAUGAGGCUCUAACAUUUAAUGAAAAAAAUCAAAAUGUAUCAGUUCGUUGCGCUCCAAACGGCUGGGCUUGGGUGGUACAUGGCCGACGUUUGCUCAUUUGGCAAUAUAAAGAUGCACGACGUUCAGGAGAAAACACAUCCCCUCGCACACCCAAGGAGUUAUUGCGCGCUCAACAACGUCGGGGCGCUGCUAUGGCACAAUGUCGAGAACUCACCUUGUCACACUGUGAUAUUGGUCAUAAAGCUUCGUUAGUUAGUGUUUUCCUUGGCGAGGGGCAGCAGAUGGCAUCGUGCGUUGCAGUUUCUCCCACAGGCGAUGUACGCUACUGGCCAUCUAUUGCUCACGAUGGAUCUUCUGUUGACCUUAGUGGUAUACUAGAUGGACAGGAAUUCGAUCAAAUGCUCAACAUGCCGCACCAACAGGGUUAUUUGCUGGUUACAACUACAUGCAACUUAGUGCUUUUACAGCUACAGGUGGUCAACGGUCGGCAUGUCUUGCAACAUAAAACUAUACGCCAAGCGGCCGGGUUUUUAGGUGGCAUCGGAAAGAAGUUUUCCAUUAUAAUGGGUAUGAAUAGUGGCAGCGACAAAGAAAACAAAUUUGUUGGCAUUGCAUGUGAAGAAGGUACUGGCGGGGAAGCUUUUAUAACAGUGCUUGCGGAUCGCUGGUUCCAACGGUGGCGCUUGGCUAACGGUGGCACUGUAGAACAGUUGCUUUACGAAGACGUUGAUGUUAUUCGUAAAAUACGAGAUGAAUUUCAACACAAGUUCUGGAAUGUAAGAGAUAGUCUCGAUAUAAAUUUACAUCUUUUGGAUAUGCAUAUUUGUGAUGGCAAAAUUUAUGUGCUCGGCGGUGCGGUAAAUACAGCACAUGCUCCACAGAUACACUAUGCCGUUGCUAUUCUGGCUUCAGAAGCCGAAGGAAUGAAACUGCAAUCAUUCAUACCGCUAAAACUUACCCAGUUUUACAAUAUUGGCACAGAAAAAGAUUGUCACAAUUUGCGUUUCAUUGUUACACGUACUCAUCUUUUUUUCUACACCGAUAAGUAUAUUUACCCAUUAAACCUGGCUAACCCAGCAAUCGCUGAAAUGGAGGCGGAAAAAAUUGAAUUUCAUUUGCAAGAUGAUCGCAUAUUAAAUGCAGCUGUGUGUGGACACUUGCCACUUUUUUUCAGUCGAUCACUUGGCUUACUUUGUGUCACACCUGGAGAUUUUGACACAAUGGAUUUUUUAAAUUCCUCAUAUACUAUGGGUCCCUCAGCGAUCGAUAUUACCGGCAUGUCACCCAUGGGACUGGACCAAAGCGCUGAUUUUAAUAGCCAAUAUAAUGAGAGCAAUUUAUAUAUGCUUGAUUUGGACCCAGAUGCAUUGUAUAAUGAGUUCAAAGAUGAAGUUAGUCAGUUGAAGGCUGCUUUUAUAUAUCGCCUCAAGCACAACAAUAAUAUGUGUAAUACGAUUUUAAACGACUUGCUGCGAAAUAUAUCGGAAGGACAAACUGGUUCCAAAGCACUUCCAGAUGCAAACCAAUUGGACAGGAUUGUCAUAACCAUAGCUGAAGACUUGGCUGAAGAUUUACCUGCUGCGGAUCCACGCUGGGAACAGUUAUGGACGGAAGGUGGUCACAGUAACAAACAUGCUCUCGGUAGUUCAUCAUCAUUGCAAAUUCUUACACAGUUAAAGGAGAAAAGUUUAGCGCUUCGCCACUUUGUAGAAUUUCUGCAUAACACUGGAAUUUGGGAAAAACUCGAAGCUGUACCAAGUGGGGGUGGAAGCGUAUUGAAGCCUACUUGUUAUAUAUUGGCUGACAUUUAUGAAAAGCUUGUUGCGGCUAUUGCAUUGAGGACCAUACAAAAUAAGUACGGGAAAAUUAUCGAUGAAGCCAUAAAUCGCGUUGUUUCGACUUGGCAGGAAAAUCCUUGUGGCAAUUUAACCCCACAGGACUUAUUCUAUGUGCGGCUAUGCAAGUUCCAGGAAAUUUUUCACGCACUUUCGGAAUUUGUAGACAACCGCAUUGAGUCACAACAGCAGACUACUUCGUUAGCUAGUCUCAUUAGCGAUAUUAAUAGCAUCGUCUUGCAUGUUAUAGGCGAGGUGUUAGUCAGUCGCGAACACAAUUCAUCUUUGUUUACACUGCAACAGGAGAAAGCAAAUGCAUAUGAAUAUUUACCGUGGACGGCAAUGUCCGGUAGUGUCGGCUUGCGCGAUGCACUGUCACAUUUAAUUGACGCUUCUGUCCGUUACGGUGCGCAUUGCACGAAUGAACCCGAGCUAAAGCAACGCUUGUUUAAGCAAAUAUUCGAGAUGAUUGAUGCUAUAUUGGAAGGCAGAAAAAAUUAUCUAGACAGUGUACGGGAUUCAGAGAAGUACAACGUACUGUUGCAACAGUUCGAAUCACAGCGCAGAGAUUUAAUUUCCAUCCUAAUCGAAGAUGAACAGUAUGAAUAUGCUGCCAAAUUAGCGGAAAAAUUUCUUGAUUUCCAAAGUUUAGUGGUUAUUUGCGAUGAAACUAAGAAUCAGGAUCGUCUCGAUGCAUAUAUAAAGAAGUAUGAAGAAUACGACUUUUCACAAUUUGCGAUCAACUGGCACUUGCGACAAAAUCGACAAGGAGAAGUGUUCGAACGCUUUAAAGGCAAUCAAGCCGCGUUAUCUCAAUUUAUGCGCGAUCAUCCAACGCUCGGCUGGAUACAAUUGGUCUUCAAUGGGGAUUUUGAGCGCGCAGCAAAAAUACUGCUACAGCUGGCACAGAACGAAACUGAAUUUGUGCAAAGAAAGAAGUCCAUGUUGUCUUUGGCCAAAUUAUCAGCAUUUGCCUCAGCCGACUCAGAUUUAGCUAUACAAUUGGAGAGUAUAAAUGCGGAGUUAAAUAUAAUAGAUUAUCAAGAGCAGUUGAGUGAGACCCUAUUACAAAAUUUUGGAUAUGACGUUGAGAAUGCCAAAGUAUUAAAAGUGGAUGAAAUAAUAAACCUUUUCAUAUCUGAGGAAAAUGAAACUGCAAAUGAAUUUGAUUUUCGUAAAGCUUUGGAGCUUCUCAACUAUUUGGAUGAGCCAUAUGAUGUACGACAUAAGAUUUGGUGUGCUUCGAUCCUUCGCGAUAACUGGACUGCCUAUGAUACGAAUAAUGCCGUGGACUACCUGCAGAAUUUACUUUUUUUCAAAUUGGUUGAAGUGUGUCAUUUAAUGGAUGGCGAUUGCGAAACUUUUCUUCCUCCAAUGGACGAUUUCCUCAACAGUCAUGAGUUGGGCGAUUUAGUGCACAACACAUCGUUUCAAUACCUCUUUAAGCUAACUUAUGAAUAUAUAUCAGACGCAUUUAAAAAACCAGCUGGAAUGGAAUUGUGAACAACAUGUGAAUAGUAUAUCGAUGGCUNACAAAAAUUGAGUAUAUUCUGAGAUAGGGCGUUUCGAAUACUGAGAUAGGGCAUUCUUCAAACAUUUGUUGAGUUAGGAUGUUUUCGAACCAGUACCCGAGAUAGGGCGAACUUCCACUCAGCCGACGAUAUGGUGUAGUUAGUGGUUAUAAAAUAAUUUAAUGUUUUUUGGGUUAACAAAUGUUUUUUAUAAGAUAAUUUAAAAAUAAAUAUGGAGUGCUGCCACGUGAACUGAUCCUCGAUAAUUCGGUCACGGAUAUUUGAAAA